GAAGCGAGCGUCAAAACGAAACGACGAGGGGUCUGUUUGUUUAGUUUGUUCUGUUUCGCCGACUGCGGCCCGUUUUUCCUGUCUCUUUCUCCACACUCUCUGUACUUCCGCUCACUUUCAGUUUUCCGCGGCUCUAUUUUUCCCGUCUUGAUGUGUCGUCCGUUCUCGACUUUGUGUGAGUGAUUUCGGGUUGAUGAACGUAACAACUGUUCGCUCGUUGUUGGAAACGAGGCUAACAGAGACCACAAGAGCAGCAAUAACAUGCCGCGUUGUCUCAUGGCGAAAAAAUGGAAGGCAUACCCGUGGCCCGAUCGGGCCGAUCCUCCGGAUGAAGAAGAGGAAGAAAUAGACGUUGUGGGGGACUCACCGGCGGCCUCAUGCUGGGGCCCAUCGAGUCCCACAGCGGGGGCCACCGCACCUAGUCCACCCCCCACGUCGCCGCACGGGACUACUCUACUCUACAAUGGUUACUUUCAAGAUCCUUCAACCUGCACAGCAACUUAUCUGCCUCGAAAUGAACAAACGGGUCAAACACAAACUCCCUCCUAUGCGACACUGAACACAGUGUUGGAAACAAAAACAUUCAACACAGAGUUCAUACCUCCACCUCCGGAGCCAUUACGCCAAAGAAAAUCACUAUCUAUGACAUACACCAGCACCGGGGCCACACUUUCUCUACCACCUAAGAAGAAAGACAUAUACAGACCGUAUUCACUAGAUGACAGGCCUAUUCUGCAGUCCAUAAUCAGGGUACCAGCCGAGGAAGAUUUGCACGCAGCGCACGCCAUCUUAGAUCUAAGUGCUUCAACCACUGUGUUCCUAACCUCUCCGCCUGCAAUUCCACAGCAUGAGGCAACCCAUGAUGAAAUGUUGAAGCAGGAGCAUCAAGUUUUGGAAGCCCAACAAGAUGAGAACACUCCCAGCAACAUCCCAUCGUACAAAUCAGGAAAAACGAUAGCUUACACCUACGAAGCCUUUUUUGUAAGUGAUGGAAGGUCGAAAAAACGUCGGGUACCAGACGAUCCAACGGGAACAAUGACUGCUAAAGCAGUGAGCUCCGAGAAACCUAAGUACACAUGCAGCGAAUGCGGCAAACAAUACGCUACCUCUAGCAAUCUCUCGAGGCACAAACAGACGCAUAGGAGCCUCGAUUCUCACAACGCCAAAAAGUGUAUAACUUGCGGCAAAGCGUAUGUAAGCAUGCCAGCUCUUGCUAUGCACGUUUUAACGCAUAAAUUAGCACACCGAUGUAGUGUGUGCGGCAAACAGUUCUCCCGUCCAUGGCUCCUUCAAGGUCAUUUAAGGUCGCACACCGGAGAGAAACCCUACGGUUGUGCGCACUGCGGUAAGGCCUUUGCUGACAGGUCGAAUUUAAGGGCACAUAUGCAGACACACUCGGUCGAUAAAAAUUUCGAGUGUCUAAGAUGUCAUAAAACUUUUGCUCUUAAGUCGUAUCUGAAUAAGCAUUUGGAAUCAGCGUGUCUGAAGGAAGAACCUGGGGGGAAUGUUAGUCCAGCGGAAGAGUCAGUAAUCAAAUCAAUUUCAGACCCUACAGUUCCUCUAAGAGUAUAUGCCGGAUGAUGAGGAGUUUCAUAGCGAGCGAUGCAACCAGAAAGGAUAACUCUGAGUGAUUUAAAGCUGUUCGUAAAUGAAAAAUUCAAAUAUCUUUUUCAAAUAGUCAUAAAGUGAUGAAAGUUCUCAAUGUUUUCCUUGACGGUUGCUGCGUGGAUGUGAGAUGUAUCGGUAUACACUUUAUUUCUAGUCUUUUCUAGUCAGUUCUUGUAGAUACCUAUAAAUAUAUAUAAAUAUUAAUAUAACAAUUAGUUGGUAGUGAGUCACGUUUUCGAGACUCUCAGAAUAGCAAUGUUUUAUUCUUCAAAAUUAUUGAUCCCUUGUACAUACCUUCCCUAAGAGAGAUAACACAUCGCAACACGUCCACUAAAUUAGGUUUAGAUUUAAGCUCUCUGUAACCUUUUAGGUCACCACUAUUCACUAAAUAAUGUAAAUAUCGAUAUUAUUAUUCAACAAGCAUCUUCGUACCGCCAAAGGAUAAAGGCUAGUCAUCAACCAAAUCUUAACAACAAUUCAUAAAGUAUAUUUAUAUUAUUUAUUCACUUGUAUAUAUAGAGUUUUAUUUAUUGAUUCGUCGAAUAUUUCACAAACACAGGGAAUCGGAUAAAAUUUUCAAUUCGAUUUUAAUCAUACAGAGUAUUUCGUGAAGCUAAUUCAGUUCAAAAAGGAAAUGAGCAAAAGUACAAAUAUUUUAAGGAAAUAUUCAGGAAAGUCAACGAAAAACUGACCAACGAAAUAUGGGGCUUAAUGCAUUCCAAGAACCUUUCUUCCUAAAUAAAGUUAACCUUUUAUAAGUCUCUUCACGUUUUCAAAUAAGGAUUUUUAAUAUUCAUUCUUGAUCUCUUCACUUCUUCAUCCUUUUCUUCUCAACUUCUUCACCACCUUAUGUCAGUACGAGGACCCUUGUCCAAACAGCCUGAAAUUUAAAUAAUGCUGUAUAUUCUCCUGUUUCUUAAACUUUUCAAAUUUCAUUGCAACCUUUUCUAGUUCGAAGGUUCGAAGCCCAACGAACAAAAGCAGUUUCAUGGACAACGAAGUCAAGCAAGUAAAUUAAGUAUUAUUAUAUACAUAUUUAGAUUAAGAAUGGAAUUAAGUGAGAUUAUUUGUACACGCGGUAUGAAAAGCCGUAUUCUAGUCGCUGCUUCUAGUCCCGUUUUCAAUUGGAAUCUAGUCAUUUCUUCACUCAAAAAAUCACAAAUUUCUCAAGUUGUGAGCUUCCAUUCAGGAUAUUUUAAAUGAAAUGAUCGAAUAAAUCGGUCUUAAAGCUCUCACAGAGUUUAUAUUCUGUUUCAUUCAUUGUUCAUAACAUUCCAUUCGAUCGAUAUAUGAUAUUUUUCAUAUGAGUUAAUAUUAUUUUAAAAAAAUUAUAAAGAAUAUUACUUAAUAAGUUAUAUUAAUACAGAAGCUCGUAGUGGUAGAAUUGAUAUAGAUUCAAAUUCUCAAUUAUGAUAGCUUCCAGAGAAACUAGUCCCAUUUAUAGUCAAUUAUAUUUUAUUUUAACUAUACUACCGAGGUUUAUAAAUGCAACCUAAAAAUCUCGACAAUUUUAUAGAUUUGAAUGAUAGCUCUGCAGUAUAUAAUAGAGUUACAACUUGAAAAAGUUUUUUUAAAAAGAUCAACGAACAUAUAACGUAGAUCAGUAUUUUUGCAAGCAUACAUUAAUAUUGGUAAUUUAAAGGAUGAACUAUUUAUUUAGAAUGGUCAGCUAAAACGCCGGUCAAUAAUGUAGGAAAUAUUUAAUCUAAUUCCAAAUAGUUUAAACAUUUUGAGGGCCAGUGCAAUAAAGGUCCCAGUGCUGGCCAGGCGAGUGUAUUCUAGUCAUAAGCCAGUUUGAGCCAGGACCAGACAAUGACAAUGACAACACGAAUGUAUUCCUCAUCAUUCAUUGCUUAAGGCUGCAAAUCAAUUCAAUUAUAUUCGGAAGUCGGAUUGAAAUUAUCUAAUGGUACGUUCUCGAAAAAGCAAAUAUUCAGAAGAAGAAAAUAUGCAUUAAAUUUCACCCUUCACCAGCUCAAUCGAGUCAUUCAUUUCAUGAAGGCAUAUGACUUCUUCAUGGGAAAUGUAAAUGUUUAUUCAUUUUGGAAAUGAUCUUCAAGAAAUUCUGUUUGAAAGGCUGUAUCUUGAAAAUCGAGCUUUUUCGCACAUCAGCUCAUAUAAUCUUAUUACUGGCGUAGAAUGUACCAUCAAAAUAUUUCUUCUUAAUUCUGGAACAGCUCACACAGCCUAACCUAACUUAACCUGAAAAUGAGAGAUGCCUUGGAUAAUUUUAAGAAAAAUAAGUCCUAUAAACGCUUUGUUUUAGAGAUGUCUAUACAAUUUUUUCUUCUUAAAAUUAUCUGAAGAAUCUUUCAUUCCUUAUUUUUACCUCUAAUUUAGGAAAACCCGCAUUGAAUUGAAAACGAACUAUGUCAAUUUAGAAUAUUUAUAAAUAAUUUUUUUUUUCAAGUAUAAAAAUAAAAAAAAAAUUAUAAAUAAUAUAAAUAAAAUCAAGUCUCUUUAUGAGGAAUCGUUAUGUUGUCCUUGAUUGCGUCUGCAAGUUCAUUAUAGGAAGAUGUUCCACUUAGUGAGUGGACUCUGAGUAAAUGAUAGGAAGUAGGAGUUAUUUAUUUGAGAUAUACAUAUAGUUUCUAAAAUAUUCGCUGGCAUUAAAUCCGGAGGAGAAUAUAGCGAGCCGAGACUGUCAAGCGUCCCGGAAACGACAAAUCAAACAUGUGAGUUGAGUAUCUUCCGGAAGAUAAGAAAAUGUAAUCAACGUACGUACCUCGGAAAGAGCUGUAAUAUUAUUGUGAUUGUCGUUCUAGUGAUAUAUUCGAGUUCUACAAUAGGGUAUAUUAUGAAUUUCCGCGACGUAACUCAAUGUUUGAUGUUUAUUGGAUUCUUUCAAAAAAAAUACUAAAGCAAUAAUAUCAUCGGAUAUAACAUUUUUGUGGCUCUCAGUCAAUAAUAAAUAUCAAUUUCGGUAAAUUUUUGAGUGGCAUCGGAACGAUGAAUGAAUAACUGUUAUUAUUAUCGAUUAUUGUUGUAUUACGAAGGAUAAGAAUAUUCGAUCAUCUACGAGUCUAUGCCAAAAGAUAAUUCAUCACCACGAAAUAUUUAAAUGUUUCUUCUUGAGCCAGGCUCCCUUCAAAUUUUUUUCGAAAACUCUCUGGAUUUUGAAAUUAAGUCGAAUUUUCAUGUAAACUAUGUAAAGUUUAAUCCGAGCUUUACGUGAUUCGAUUCCAAAUAUGAAAUUAUUGAAAAUCAAUUUUUUCAUUACCAAUUUAUGAAUCGAAGACCUGAAGUUACAAAUCGAAAAAUAUUCGACAUAAUUUGAAAAUUCGAAGUAGAUUGUUACAAAAUAUUAAGAAUUGGGAGCUAAAUUUUCAAUCUGAAAAAUGGCAAAGUAUUCAACAUCCGCUCAUACUAUAUCAUUAUUUGUGUUAAUGAUGUGUGUCGUGUUCAUUAUAUUCAAAUGUCUACCUAUUUGCACGGAUACAUCUCAAGUGCAUUCAUAAUUAUACGAUGUUCAGGUAAUAUUGAAAGUUCGAGUACAGUCAAUAAUAAUGUAUUAAAAUUUGUUUGAAAAGUUUAGUUCUUCGAUGUGAAAUAAAUAAAUGUUGGUGUACACACUUAAUUUUGAAGAAAAAAUAUUGUCGUGUUGCAAUACUAAAUUGAAUUCACUUUUGAUAGAAAUUUGAGGAUACAUUAAAUGUUGCAUGGAUAAACAUGCAUCAAUUCCAUGAAUAAGAAUACUGAAUUAUAUGUUAUACCUUUAUAACUGAUCGUUCACAUUUCCAUACGUAUAAAACAUUCCUGUAUUACUUGCGCAAUUUCGUUCGAAUUUCCUUCGCUACGCUCAAAAGAUGUCUGCUCACGAUCCAGAGACCUGUCGAUCUAGAACUGUCGUUUCGACCUGAUGAUUAUCAUCUGAAAUGCGCUAAACACCAUGCGAUUGACUAUAAAGACAGAUAUUUGACAGCCGUUGUGAAUUUCAUUACAAAUAGGAAGCAAAGAGUCAUUAAGGAAUAACAUUUUCAGAUUAAUGAAUGUUUGAUCUAUUGAGAUUUAAUACAUUUCAAUCUUUAAUCCUGUCUUAUAUUCUCGGCUUAAGUAUCUAGAUCGCUCGUUUCCAACAUAUAUAUUUCAGAAAACUUCGAAUAUCUUCUUCUAAAACUCACAAGUAAGUAAGUGUUUAGUAAACUUUCGAUCCAGAUUGAAGAUCUCGACUUGACGAACGCCGCGCUUUGAGACGAUCUGCAAAUCGACAGUUCUCAUCGACAGGUGGCCGUUAGGUGCCUCAAGCUGACUGAACGACAGCUACUUGCUAAACAUCAAGCACAUUGUGUAAAUAUUAUUCAGAAUUAUUCGGAAUAUAAUUAUAUCUUAAGGAGUUUUGAACGAAUUCAGAUUCACCUGAGCCAAAAAUAUAUUAUCUGAGGAAGAAAAGAAUAAUUCAAUCUUAAAAUUUUGUAGUACACUUUCAUAUUCACAAUUGGGCUCAGCUUUCAUUAUUCCUCGAAGAAAGAACAAUUCUUUCGUUGAGGGAUUGUGAAUAACUCAUUCGUAUAAAAGUUGUGUGAAGAUCCACUGGGGGAAACUCAAAUAUAAACAAUUCUUAACCUCGAAAGUACUACCCCUUGGUGCGCACAAUCAUAAGGUACAACGUUCUCUACAAUUUCUAGGCAUAGGUAUGGAAAAUGCAACGAUUAUUCAAGUGAACCUUUCGGUGUAUAACUGAAAAGCAAUAAGCGUGAAGCAAUACUUUUCUAACAAUUUACAACACAAUUAUUAUCCAACGCCUGUUGUUGGGUCUCGCGAGAGAGCCUUGUAGCUCGUCUUGACUUCCCGGGAGCCGGGUAUUCAAAAGCAAUAAGCAAGUAGAAGGGGGAGUGGUUGAAAGAAAGCCACUGUCUCGAAAAUUUAUAGCAAUAUGUAAGUAACGAAUAUUUAAGUAAAAUUAGGGUGAAACUGAACAUCGAAAUAUGCGUUCUUGACUGGAACGCACGGUCGAUAAAAUCGGUUGGGUCGCUUUGGAGUCAAUUUUAACGUAGAUUAUAUACUUCCUGAGUCAAUUUCGUACUGAGUGAACCUUGAAAAUUCGGGAUCUCCUUAGAUCUCAUAAAAAGAAAUAUGCUUAUCUGUUGAUUCAUUCCUAACUUUUUUUUAGGAAUAUACCCUAUGGUUACUAAUUUUUUAUGCAACAAGUGCAAAAAGGAAAUGUUUAUUGCACGCGACGUGAGAUUUGUCGAGUAUUAUUAAUACUUUUUGCAAGAGUUGCAUACAGAAUUUUUUCUACGUUCAUGUAAAAACCAAAACUGUUUUAUUUUGAAGGCAUUGCGUGUAAUCUAUCAAAAAGAGUAAUUCAAUAGCAAAAUAUUCAAUAAUUGAUUGGAAGUAUCGAUUACGAACAAUUAAUUACUCGAAUGUUAUUUUAAUUUUUAUGUUGAAAGUAGAGAAGAAAUUUGUGUCACAUAUUUGCACAAAAAAAACUAACUAUGGUCUCAAUUUGAGUGAAUUUUACUGCACUAGUAAACUUAAUAAUCAGUUUUAUAUAUAUUUCAAUGAAAUUAUGUUUUUUUAGAUGAACGUAGAAAAAAUAUCAUUGUAUCGAAGAUUUUCAAGAGGGAAUAUAAAACAAAAUUGGUAUGAAAAGUAACACGGGAAUUGAAAAAACAACAAUUAUUUGACUUAAACUUCAAAAAGAAAAAACUAGUUGCUGAAAUACUGAUGGUAGUUUUGGAUAAUGCCGAAAAUCAUAAUCUUCUAAACUAGAAUGUUCUAUCAAAGAAAUCUUUGAUCAUAAAAACAAGAAUGAUUAUCCAAUUUCAACCUACAAAAUAAAAAAAAGAGAAGAAUAUUCCUUCUUGAAAUCACAUUAACGUUAUUGUCAUCAUAUUAAUUUCAUACUUGAGUCAAUAAAAUGAGUUGAAUACAUCGGAAAAUAAAUUUAACCUCCUCAGCUUGUUGGUUUAGAAAAGUAAAAUGCAAUAAUUCCUCAGAUUUACCGACAGGUUAAGCAUGAAUAAGUAUUAUAAUCAUCAGCAAAGCACUGAUAAUACAUAUAAAUCAAAUGAAUGAAAAAUUUCAGACGGAACUCACUCCUCAGUCGAUUAUUAUUGAAAAAUAGCCCUAGCUGUCGCUAAUACUCAUUUAUUGCACGAUAGUAGGGGACGAUCGAUUGAUGACUGGGAUUCCGGAAUAUCACAUGCAAUAAAAUAUACAAAAGCUGAGGAAUACCGUUUCAUAGAAGUCAAUAAAAGUGUUUCAUCGGAGCCAGAAAUUAGUCAAUAGUUGCGCAAUUGUUUGAUUUUUGAGGCCAAAUCGAUUGUUAUCGUCGUAAUAGACAUUGAAGUCUGCCUAUAUAUUAACAAUAUAGCAAUAUAGCGUCAGCAAUAUAGUGUACACUUAAAUUAUAAUACAAAAAUAUAAUCAAAGCAAUACCUUGUAUUAUAUGAUUAUUGAUUCAUAGUUGUAAGUAGGAAAUUUUAAAAUUGAUCUCGGAAUAUUUCCCAUAAUAGCUUUAACUCCAAAGAGGUGGAUCGAUUUAUCAAUUUUUCUCCUCUUACCGUUCAGUAUUGUUUUCUUGAGAAAAGUGGGAACUGUUCUGAGUUACGGGAAAUGUAAGUAUGUUGAAAAUGAAAAUAUAUAUAUACAUUAAACUUAUAGUUUUUUGAGAUGAAAUAAAUGAAAAUGAAGAAAUAUCAGCUGUAUUAUAUACUAAUGUAAUCGAAACCUGACAAUUUAUUUGUGCAUUUACAGUAUUGUUAUACUAAUAUUUUGCUCCAGUUAGAAAAUUGAAUGAAUAUUUUCGACUAGUGUCGAAAAUUCUUUUAGUGAAUGAUAUAUAAUGGAGAUAAGCUAUACUUUUAAAAGUUAGUUGCUUGAAGUAGAGUUCCGAAAAAUUUAGCGAGAAUCACUUUAUAGUAUGUACCGAUAUAUUUUUGUCAAACGAAAAUGUAAUGUAAUAACUUUUUGAAGACGUAUAACUCAAGAGAGCUGUACGUCCAAGUAUUGUACUAAUUGACCACAUUAUAUUAUACUUAUUAUAGUAUCACAUUUUGUUGUAACCUUUGUUUUGAAUGAUUAUUAUUAUUACGCGAAACUAAAAUAGUAAGUUUUGUAUUAUAUUUUCAUAAUAAAUAGUAUAGAAAAU